CAGGGAGAGUUGAACGGAGCAUGCUCGCUGUUGGCAGGAAGAAAGGACGGGAAACUGUCAUCAUUGGGUCAAGGAUAAUUUUUUUACCUCUCGCUUCGCUAUAGCCAUCAAAACGGACUUCCCGUUAAAAGAACGGUUCGAUAUCUAAAUGAAAUUUACCGCCUAGGUAAACCCCAAAGUUUCGGUUUUUAACCGAUGCGCGCGCGUUUGCUUCUUUUGGCUAACUUAGCCUGCUAGCUUCCCCCGCCGUUGACGGUCGCGCAGAAGUGACCAGCCACAGAGCACGCUGAUUGUGCGUGUUGUUCCGCAGGGGCUCACGCUUCAGAAGUUGUGUUUCAAACGGAGAAGUCUGAAUGAAACUGUUGGCUAGCCUAGCAAGAACCAUAUUUUAUCUCGUGUUAUAUCUUGUGUUUGUGCCAACUCGGAAAGGAGCAGCAAGCACGGCGGACAGCUCCAGUCCUGCAGGAGGAAUCAGUCCCCCCCCGUCCCUCCGCGGCUGCACAGAUUCAUGCUCGCUCCUGCGGCGGAAGGAUCCGUGCGUCAGCGUCGUGCCCGCGUCCAUGCAGCGGCUCCUGCCACUGCUGUUCAUUCAUUGAUCUCUAUUGUAGCUCAGCGCGCGCGCGCCUCUCUGCUCCCCCGCGGCUUUCAUCAUGAUUCCCGAUCAUGUCCCGGAGGAGAACGUCUACUACGGGUCCGGAGACCUGAAGAAGGAGUCCCACGUCCCCAGCUUUGACAAAUACAAGGAGCUCUACAUGAAGUCCAUCGACAACCCCGAUGAGUUCUGGGGUGUCAUCGCUAAAGACUUCUUCUGGAAGAGCAAACCCACUGGUCCGUUCCUGAGCUACAACUUCGACGUGACUAAAGGAGAAAUCUUUAUCAAGUGUAUGGAAGGAGCCUCCACAAACAUUUGCUACAACCUCCUUGACCGCAACGUGCACGAGAGGAAACUGGGGGAUAGAAUUGCGUUCUUCUGGGAGGGCAACGAGCCGGGCGAUGAAUCCGUCGUGACUUACAGAGAGCUCCUGCAGAGGGUCUGUCGGUUCGCCAACGUCCUCCGGUCGCAGGGUGUGAAGAAGGGCGAUCGUGUGUCCAUAUACAUGCCUAUGGUGAUUGAGCUGGUGGUCGCCAUGUUGGCCUGUGUUCGCAUUGGCGCUGUUCACUCCAUAGUGUUUGCAGGGUUCUCAGCUGAAUCUCUGUGUGAAAGGAUCAUGGACAGCCAGUGUUUGCUGCUCAUUACUGCAGAUGGCUUCUAUCGAGGAGACAAGCUGAUCAACUUGAAGCACUUAGCUGAUGAAGCGCUGCAGAAAUGCAGGGACAAAGGCUUUCCGGUCAAGAGAUGUAUAGUGCUUAAGCAUUUAUCCAAAGAGCCUGAGGAGUCAGUGGGUUCUCAUUCUCCUCCUGCUAAGCGAUCCUGUCCAGAUCUUCAGCAGGAUAAACAGAAAGGGAAGGUAAAGAAAGUGCGCCCUGUUCCUCAGGUCCCAUGGAACCCGGAAGUGGACUUGUGCUGGCACGCUCUCAUCAGUGAGGCCUCAGACGAGUGUGAACCCGAGUGGUGCAACUCUGAAGACCCUCUCUUCAUUCUGUACACGAGCGGUUCCACAGGCAAGCCGAAGGGCGUUGUGCAUACAGUCAGUGGUUACAUGCUCUACACCGCCACCACCUUCAAGCUGGUGUUUGACCACCAGCCGGACGACGUGUACUGGUGCACCGCAGACAUCGGCUGGAUCACCGGACACUCUUACAUCACCUACGGCCCUCUUGCCAAUGGAGCCACCAGUGUCCUGUUUGAGGGUCUACCUACGUACCCGGACGUGAGCCGAAUGUGGGGGAUCGUAGACAAAUAUCAAGUGACCAAGUUCUACACGGCUCCCACGGCCAUCAGACUGCUGAUGAAGUUUGGCAGUGAACCAGUGCAGAAGUUCAAGCGGGAGUCUCUGAAGGUUCUGGGGACAGUGGGAGAACCCAUCAACCCCGAGGCCUGGCAUUGGUACUACAACGUCGUGGGAGAGAAGAGAUGUCCCAUCGUGGACACCUUCUGGCAGACGGAAACUGGAGGACACGUGUUGACGCCUCUACCAGCAGCCACACCCAUGAAACCUGGAUCUGCUACGUUCCCAUUUUUUGGAGUGGUGCCGGCCAUCUUAAACGAGUCUGGAGAGGAGCUGGAAGGUCCGAGUGAGGGUUACCUGGUGUUCAAGCAGCCGUGGCCUGGAGUCAUGAGGACCGUCUAUGGAAACCACCAGCGCUUUGAAAGCAUCUAUUUCAAGAAGUUUCCAGGAUACUACGUGACUGGAGAUGGUUGCCGUAGAGACAAAGACGGCUACUACUGGAUAACGGGGAGGAUCGAUGACAUGCUGAACGUCUCCGGUCACCUGCUGAGCACAGCAGAGGUGGAGUCUGCUUUGGUGGAGCACCGGGCCGUGGCAGAAGCUGCUGUGGUUGGUAGACCGCACCCCAUCAAAGGAGAGAGCCUCUACUGCUUCGUCACGCUGAAGGAUGGAGUCGCCUACAGCCAGAUGCUGGAGGCAGAACUCAAGAAACAAGUGAGGGAAAAGAUUGGAGCCAUCGCCACACCAGACUACAUACAGAAUGCACCGGGACUGCCCAAGACCAGAUCUGGAAAAAUCAUGCGGCGGGUGCUUCGCAAAAUCGCCUGCAACGAGAAAGACCUGGGCGACAUCAGCACGCUGGCGGACUCCUCCGUGGUGGAGGAGCUCUUCCAGAACAGAUGCUGCCCCUCCGUGUGACCGCUCUCAGGAUCUGCAGGGCAGUGCUGUAAGAUGAGGAGGAGGCGUCUGAUGAAACUGGUUCCAUCCAACUAUAGCUUCCAACAAGGCACAGGCCUGUAAUGACACCCCCUCUGUUUUUACGUGCAAAAAUGGGCUCCCCGCAGAUAAACAGCCUGCCUAGGAUAUAUCUACAGCUUUGGUACAAGUAGCAAUACGGGAUUUUUAACAGCCACAUUUCUGCCGCAGAAUGAAAUGUUCUUGAAGUGGAUCAUGUUGGUGGAGAAACGGAAGGCGGAGCUGAGACCAGAGAGCAGCGUCACGCUGCCUCCCGCCGAGUCCUGACUCGACUAAACCUCCGAGUUUGUUGCUUCUAUUUUUUUAAUUUAAAGAACUGUUUUGUCUUUUAUUUUUGGAAGAUUUGCUUUUAUGUCCCGGGUAUCUCCAUCCAGUUUUAUAGCAACUAACCCCAAAGCUUUAGCUGUUGGGGCAGCUCUAACUUCUACAGGUGCUGGUGGGGCGGUGUGGGGUUUUUAACUUUAUGAAAUCAGACCUAUAGUAUCUGUCAAAGUCAGAUACUAAAGCUCAAAACUCCAUGUAAUUGUGUGGAAUGAGGUUUCUGAAUGUGGUGGGGGAGCCAACUCUAAUCAUGUUUCUAGUGUCUUUAGUCAUGUCUGUUUGCUUUGAUCUGCAUGGAAAACUGUUGAGAAAAUCUGUCACUAAACUGUAACGCUGUCAUGUGUGAUGCUU